CCAGCGACACAGCCAUUACGCUAACUGCUGGUUCCCUCCAUUCCACUUCUUUAUGGUCAUCUUUUCAGGUAAACGGUUGUCCUCCACCCCCCUGGAAAUCCUUUUCUUUCUGAAUGCAUGGUAUUAUGCUACCUAUUUCCUGUUGGAACUCUUCAUAUUUCUGUAUAAAGGUCUCCUGCUACCGUAUCCGACAGCCAACCUAGUGCUGGAUGUGGUGAUGCUCCUCCUCUAUCUUGGAAUCGAAGUAAUUCGACUUUUUUUUGGUACAAAGGGAAACCUCUGCCAACGAAAGAUGCCACUUGGUAUUAGUGUCGCCUUGACCUUCCCAUCUGCCAUGAUGGCCUCCUAUUACCUGCUGCUACAAACCUACGUGCUCCGCCUGGAAGCCAUCAUGAAUAGCAUCUUGCUCUUCUUCUGUGGCUCAGAGCUUCUGCUUGAGGUGCUCACUCUGGCCACUUUCUCCAGUAUGGACAGGAUUUGAAGUACGAAAAUUUCAGCCAGCCAGCCCAUCAGGCUGACACCACACAUACCUCUGGUACUAUAACCACGCCAGUGAAAAAUAGCUGGUCAAGAUGUCCUGGAAAAGGCAGUGCAGCUUUUCCUCAGCACGAUAUUUGGGCAACCAACCCAACCUAAGGCCAUGGGUGCCAUUUUCUAACCCAGGACCAUGAGACUCAUCUACAUUCCAGUGUAGGAAGAGGCAAGGUAUCCGUAUCCUGGCCCUUCUCAGAACCAGUUCCCUGUUGACCUCCAGUUCUCCUCUUUGAUCGUCAGAGCAUCUUGUGUGGCCCAUCCUGGUUCCUUGGGCUUCCAGCAGGACCUAAGCUGCGCACUCCCAUGUAUGUGCUGGGCCUCAUCUGUCCAGCAUGAGUACAGAGCGCUUCAGGGGGAGUGGCUUUCAGGAUGCAAAAACCUCUUUCCUCAGCGACUCAGCUUCCAAACUUUUUUAGUAGCUCAUAGUGUUAUUUUUCUACUCUCAUCAUGUAACAAAUGUUAUUUUAUAAUAAAUACGUAUUUUCUGUGGUA